ACAGUGACCUUUGCCUUGCGGAAUAGUUUUACCUGGAUUUCGACACCAAUUGCAGCCAUACUUCCCAUUAAACUGCGUGUGACCUUGUAGCAUGCAUCUAGCUACAGAAUCAACCGAGCACAAAGGGAAAAAUACCUUACUAACAAUUCUAAUCCCUUCAUGUGAACUCCAAAUUAACGGAACUUUACUUAAAGAGUUCAUUUCAUCAAUGACAGCUGGAAGAAAUAAUUUCAUAUUUGGUUUUGACUGUCCAAACCAAAUUCCUGCAAGAAGAAUGUUCUUCUUCCUAACCCUAAAUGGAAGCUCGUUUAUCGAUAUUUGAACAGGCCAUAAAGACGAAUUGCUGCUAUUAAAAACCGGAACCCCAUCUAUAUUAAAUGUGCAUGUAAGAUCGUAGGGCGAUUUGGACAAUUUCAUGUAGUCGAAUCCUGAUUUGAUACUAUUAUAAUCGGUAUCUAGUGAUAAAUUAUGUGCGGAACUAAUAAUCAAACCUUUAAUCUGACUAUUUUCUAGCAACGUUAAAAACUGCUUGCGAAGAUCCAUAACAAUAAAAUAAUGCCCUAAUUUUUUGAGCUUUUUUCUAGUAUAUAUGGUAUUACAAAUCUGGCAACGGUCGUAACAAUCUAAAAUUUCUUGACAUUGAACGCAGAAGUAGUGCCGUUUUGUCCAGUUUUGCUCAAGUGACGCUUCCUUUUUUAAGCGAUAAAACGACGACGGAUAGUCAGCACCAUGAGGAACGUGGCAAGCAAUUAGUUUGACGAUAUCAGCCGUCGCGGCUUUGGUCAAAUUAUGUGCAAGAGAAAGUUGGACGACGGCUGCGACACUUUCCUCUUUUGAAAUUGAAGAAAAGGGGUGAAUUGGGUCAGCAACCUGAAAAAGCAGUUGACGAUUUAUGACAUGAAUUUCAACACGGCGUAUAAUUAUUAUUUAAGUUGACUAAAAUACCGGGCAUUUGCUUCCUUCGUCAUCAUUAAAAUCGGAGAAGUUGAAAUCUUCCAGGCUGACCUCGCUUCCACUAACGCUCGACAGGUCCCACUUAGGUAGUUCCGGAUGCAUUGAGUCUGCAGUUUUAAAUAAAUCAAUAAAGUGCGUCAAAAAUAUAUAAAAAUUGCACCAAUUCCUGACACCUUCUUUGUGUUCACUGGUGUAAACCCUUUCUUCUAUUAUUCCUUCUUCUGACUCAGACGAAUCAGUGAAUACAUCAUUCAUUUUUCGUCGCUUUCCAUGCUCCGAUGAUAUCUAGUCAAGUACGUCAAAAUUAUUAUAAUUUCGAUGAAUAAAAAGUGAAGAAUAUUAUGAUGCUUUUCAUUAUUGGCUUACCUUUUUAAACAACGAACAACUGACUUUCCUGGAAAUCUCCUGCCUUCUCUUAAUUUUGGUGAAUGUGUGUUUGAAGGUAUUCAUAAUUUUUAUAUUUGAUCUACUCAUUAAAAAUAGUUACUUUUAAAAGUAUUACGAGAAACUGGAGAGUACUGGGCACCGGCUGUAGUGUUGCCGGACGGGGCCAAUUGAGACACGUGGGGCGGCAAAUGUCGGUGGGAACAACAUACAUCUUUUGAUUCAUAAAUUCCAACGUGACGGUUACACCAUUUUUAUUUUUAAUUAUUAGCCCUUGUAUGAAAAUUUCUGAAAAUGAAAAGUUUUGUCGUCAUUCAUUGGGUAGAAGAAAAUUCGUACUCACUCGUAUCUCUUAAGAACGUGGAGCUUGGGGAGAAGACCGUCGAUCAGGUGAUCCACAGUACAGUUAAUGUACGAGUCGAUAAGCAAGUACUCGAAGGUGUAGUGAUGGGUAUUGGGCCCAAGAAUCAGAUGAAGAAUAUGCAGAAUACUUUGGCAGAGGAGGCGGCAAACAAAUCGUUCUUGGAAAAAAGUGACAAUCUGGCAGCAAGUGUGGAGCAAGACAAGAACAAGGGGAACGGCACCCGGUCACGAAAAAGAAAUCGUCAAAACUCUGAAGGCGAAGAGGAGCAGCAUAGCCUGAUUCUUGCUCCAGGUUCCGGGACGUCUGAAGCUGCCAUCAAUAGAGAGGAAUCACUGUCCAACAACAACGACGAGGAGGUUGAAGUCAGUAGCCUUGAGGAAAGAAGAACAAAUUUACUGAAGGACCAACAAAUUGCUCUUCUUCUAAAGGAGAAUUUUGAGUUAAAGAAACACGUGGCAUCCUUAAAGAGAAUUGUCAAGCGAGCAUCGUCAACACCACAACCUGAAGGGGUAGACGAGGUUAUUGAAAUUGCGGAUGGGAUUUUCUUAAACCGUUCAUUGAUCGAAUUAUCGAAGAUCAGUUACAUCAACCGACCUUCCGUAUUCCGAAACGAAAGCUGUUGUUCGAGGGAGGAAUUUUCACGUUGGAAGAAAUUGCUUCUUCUUCUUUGACUGGAAAAGUAUCUCCACUAUUUCCAGCAACUCAGCGAUGUGCAAUGGAUCCUGUUAGAUUUGGAGCUUUAAAAGAAUUUACUAUUAGGACUUGCGGACUCAAACCAAAUUCAGUUGAGUUCAUUCUGUUUGAGCAAAAACUAAAAAACAUCCCUGGUGAUGCUAG